AACAGUUGGCUCUUCGUUUGGAAGGCAGAUAAAAUGCCAGGUCUGGAUCUAGAAAGCAGCCUCUGGGGAUAACUGAAGCUCUGCGUUGCCUUAUUAUGGGUUUAAGGACAACUCUUUAAGCUUGGGGCAAAAACAUCAAAUUCACUCUCAAGGCUAAGGGAGACAAACAAUAAGAAGGGGCUUUUUCACAUUUCUGCUUUGGUGUGGUUGUUUUCUAUCUAGAGGGAAUGUAACCCCCAUUAAUCCAUCUCUGGUGCUGGUGCUUCAAUCCAUCGUUACUCUUUUUGUCAAUUCGUCAAGAGGUGCUUGUUGGAAUAUUAAACCUCCAUGUAUGAUAAUUUGUACCUACAUGGAUUCGAAGACUCGGAGGCGGGUUCAGCUGACUCCUACACUAGCCGACCAUCGGACUCAGAUGUCUCCCUGGAGGAGGAGCCAACAGGCGGCAAGCUGGAGAAGGAGCAGCUGGCUGCUGUACAGCUGGAGAGGGCCAAGGCCAAAGCGGUGGCCUUUGCUGUGAAGACUAACGUCAGUUACUGUGGAGCCCUGGAUGAGGAUGUCCCUGUGGCAGGAACCGCCAUCUCCUUCGAUGCCAAGGACUUCCUGCACAUUAAAGAGAAGUACAGUAAUGACUGGUGGAUCGGCCGGCUGGUGAAGGAGGGCUGUGAGAUCGGAUUCAUCCCCAGCCCUCUGAAACUGGAUAACAUUCGUCUACAGCAGGAGCAGAAGAGGGGCACACGCUCUUACGGUAAGUCCAGUGGGAAUUCCUCCUCCAGUCUAGGAGACAUGGUUUCAGGCGGGUUCAAACCUAACCCUCCCUCUGCAGGAAAACAGAAGCAGAAGGUGACUGAACACAUCCCUCCCUAUGACGUGGUCCCCUCUAUGAGACCAGUGGUCCUGGUAGGACCGUCCCUGAAGGGAUAUGAGGUGACAGACAUGAUGCAGAAAGCACUCUUUGAUUUCCUGAAGCACAGGUUUGAUGGCAGGAUAUCUAUUACAAGGGUAACGGCAGACAUCGCUCUGGCCAAGAGGUCGGUGCUCAACAACCCCAGCAAGAGGGCCAUCAUCGAAAGAUCCAACACCAGGUCCAACCUAGCGGAGGUUCAGAGUGAGAUUGAGAGGAUAUUUGAGCUGGCCAGAUCCUUACAGUUGGUGGUUCUGGAUGCUGACACAAUCAACCAUCCGGCCCAGCUCAUAAAGACGUCUUUAGCACCUAUCAUCGUCCAUGUUAAAGUGUCCUCUCCUAAGGUUCUGCAGCGGCUGAUCAAGUCGAGAGGGAAAUCCCAGAGCAAACACUUGAAUGUGCAGCUGGUGGCAGCAGACAAACUAGCACAGUGCCCCCCGGAAAUGUUUGACAUCAUUCUGGAUGAGAAUCAGCUGGAGGAUGCAUGUGAACACCUGGCAGAGUACCUGGAGGCCUACUGGAGGGCCACUCACACCUCCCUGACCACCCCUCUCAACCCUCUGCUGGGCCGCAACCUGGGAUCCACCGCUCUCUCUCCGUACCCCACAGCCAUAACUGGGCUGGUGAACCAACAGGGCCAAAGAAAUACAAACAGGAACAGCAAUCACACGGCAGGAGACCACUCGCCCAUCGAGCGACACAGCCUGAUGCUCUCAGACGAGAACUACCACAAUGAGCGGCAGAGGAAGAGCCGUAACCGUCUAUCCUCCGGCUCGCAGCACAGCCGGGACCAGGUCCACUACCCCCUGGUGGAGGAGGACUAUCAUGACCCCUACCAGGACACGUACAAGCCCCACCGCAACCGAAACGGCUCCCCCGGAGGCUACAGCCAUGACUCCAGGCACAGGCUUUGAGAUGAAGACCCUUAUAUCACAUAGGCCUCUCUUCCCUUCACAUUGAGUAUGACAGAGCCACAAGACAGCUUUCUAGUUUAAUUGUACUGUAACAACCUUUUUAUAAAGCGUUAGUAACUCGCUUUACCUCUGGCACUGGUUCACGCUGGAAACGUGAACAUUGACCAACUGAAAAUCAAAUCUCGAUGCCUCUAAAAAUAGGAUGAGGAGCAGAUUUUCACCAUGUUUUUUUUUAAAGGGAAGGCCCAACUCUGGGCUCAUCUUCUUCUUUUCAACAUGGCAGAGACUUGACAUGGCUGGAUGAAAGGGGUGACCAUGUGGUCCUCGACUCCCUGUUGUCUCAGUGUUAGCAUGGGUAGCUGUCGUGGUAGUCAUGGUGACCCAUUAUCACCUGCCUUGAACCAGUGCCAGACAGCGCCAAGCGUCCCUCGAUCAGCAGAGAACCUCUUUGCACGUUUCCAGGAGCCAAUAGCAGCAGAGUCAGUGCACUGUAUCUUUAAUUAAUGUCACUAAGUUGUUUGAAAUUGUCUUGGAUGUUAGUGUUUCCAGUCCUGUAGCCUAUAACCUGCUUCUCAGAGCAGGCAAAGUUUCUGUUUUGCAAAAUGUUGAGUGAUUAUUUAGGGGGGUUCUGAAUCGGACUGAAUUUCCUGGACUUCUAUCCCCUUCUUCUUCUCAAUGAUACUUAGUGCCAUUUGUGACAUGCCGCAUCAGGACAGAAAAUCACACUUUUCUAAGUAGAAUUUGCUGAGCUGCAAGUUUCAUAUUGUGUACUCUUUCAGGAAAGGGUACAUCCCUUCUUUAUAUACAGUACCUUAACACUCUAGUGUGAGGACUUUGCCUAUCAGUUUAGAAUGCUGCAUCCAAGAGGAAAUAGCCUAAUUCAAGUUAGUAGAUCUCAAGACUAGGCAUCCAAUGUAGAGAGGGGCAAUAUGCCCCUGUGUUCUUAGUUUCAAUUGUUCAAAUGGGUUUCAGAGGAUAGGCUCAGUGAAGAUGGUUAUACUUCCAAUCAGGGGAAUAUUGAUCAUUUGAUUGGUUUACCACAUCCCAUUUUCUGUACAAGCAGCCUCUGAUAGUGAUUUCAUUUGCAUCAUAUUUUAUUCUCUUCAAAUAAAUACCUGCUGUCCAUUCAGCAAAGCUUCAUUGGUUUAGAAUUAUCAAUGCCAUCAUGUAUUUUUGUCAAUAUACAGUAUGUCAUGGAAUAAUGAUCCAGUGCUGUUAUGUAUGUGUUGCUGCGAUUGAAAAACCAGUAGGACACUGUAGUUGAGUAAGUGACUGUUGAUUAUGGCACUCACAUUUCAACAAUGAAAUUAGUCAACACAUUAGAGGAAGAGAAGGCUUCAGUCUGCUGUGAAGUUAUAUUGUCAGAAAGGUUUGUGAUUCUGACAUCAAACACUUGGUCAAUAUUAUUUGCUUUCCAACCAUCGGCUAUUCUAUGUUAAUGCCCCAUUUUAAAGUCUUCCAUAUACUGGCCGUUAAAAGAAAAUUGUUGUCUUUUAAAGAACAAUUUUACUUUCCCAAGAAUUUGCGUAUCAUAACACAAAUUACUUGUUCACAGCCUUAUUGCUUAACCCAGGCCUUGCGUUAAACUUCGUUCUCUUUUCAUACUUCCUUUCUUUUUUAACACUGUAGCAAUGGAGUGGUUUCUCUCCUAAUCAUAUACAUAUCCUCAAAAUGUAGCAUUUUAGUUAAGAGUUUUCAAGGUCUAUAUGGUUAGCUAAUUAUAGAAGAUAAGUCGUGUAGAGACUGUGAAGGGACAGACUGGGGAGGUGGUGGAUAGAAGUUUAUGUCAGAUAAUGUCUCUCUAUAUACUAUGAGUUGUGUGUUGUGCACCAAUACCGGUGUGCAUCAUUAUUAUAUUUUCUUCUUCUUCUUCGAAUGCCUUCUUCUAUUGCCAAGAAAGCUUGAUUUCUGUUUAUGCUGUAUUCUAUAUAGGCAUGCUGGUAAAGAGAAAAACAAAGAAGACAAACUAAUCUAGUGAAAAAAUAUAAUUUACUAUGCAAAUGUCUACAGUGCUGCAUGCUGAUGUUUUUCCUUCCUCGGCUACUUAGCGGCUUCAUUGCAGUUCAAUGAUUGUGUUAUUGUUAUUUUUGUGAAAGAUGACAUUCAAAAGGGAAAUGCAUAACUGCAUGACUAAUACAUUUUAAUUCAUCAAGAAGAAAGAGAAAUGUUUUAUGGAAAAUUGAUGUAUAAUGAGAACCAACUCUAGCUGCAUUAAAAAUGUACUUAUUUUAUAAAAUAAAUUCGGAGCUCUGUUA